AACCUUCUAAUAUAAAAGCCCAGCAAAGAUUCACGCACAUUAGUGGCUUCAGAGCGCUGAGUAAUAAUAAAAUUAUUCCCUUGACUUUUUCUGUUUCGUACUUAAGUGUGUACGGUCUGCAUCGUAAAUAGAUGUAGGAUAAUUAAUAUGAUAUGUUGGUCGGCAAUCGGCAUACUUAUCGCACGUACCUGCUAUUCGCAUUAUAAAUUGACCAUAGUUCCCCAAACUUUUUCUAAAUCCUAAAACGUUUCUUAAUUUUCCCGCCAUGUUGUGUCACCGAUGUCAUGCAGAAUGCGGAGAUGGUGUUCAAUGCACUUCAUGUCGUAAUUACUAUGAUUAUCCUUGUGCGGGUAUAACUGAAGCAGGCUAUAAAAAAUUGGGUGACAGAAAAGCAACCUGGAAGUGUGGCGGCUGUAAAGCUGGAGCAAUCAGCCCUAUUCAAAUAAAAUCAAAUCAAAGUAAAACAUCAACAGUCGACAUGGAAACCAUCCACCAGGAACUUAAAAAACUCACUAAGCAAAUGUCAUCACUACCUCAAUUAGUUGCAACCGUCAAGACCAUUCAAUCUGAUCUCGAAGAUCUGAAGACCAUGAAAAAUGAGAUGUCUGACUUUAAGGAAUCGCUGAAUCACGUGCACGUCUCCAUUGACGACCUCGUUAGCAGAGUAGCGGAACUCGACCAAGAAAUGCAGUCGCUCAAAAACACCAGAGAUGACAUUUCUCGACUUGAGCGGCGGAUGGAAAAGUUCGAAAUAAACAUGCGUGAAAUGGAACAGAGGUCGAGAUCAAACAAUAUCGAAAUUAAAGGAGUUCCAGUCGCUGCUUCGCAAAAUCUUUAUUCUAUUAUCUCCAAAAUUGGUAUCGUUAUUAACUGUGAGAUCUCUAUGAGUCAGAUAAAUUAUAUCGCAAGUGUUCCCCAAAGAGGUAAUAAGAGUAACAAAAACAUUAUCAUAUCGUUACACAAUCGAUAUCUGAGAGAUGAAUUUAUAAGUGCAGCUAAAAGAUUUAAAAUUCUUACAACUAAAGAUCUUGGUCUUGGUGGCGAUGGUAAGAUCUUUAUAAAUGAUCACUUAACAUUAGAAAAUAAGCAACUAUUAAAUAAAGCUAAGACUCUUGCCAAAGAAAAAAAAUUUUCCUACACGUGGGUAAAAAACUGCACCAUAUUUGUGAGAAAAAACAUUACUUCACCGACUUUUGCAAUCAAGACCGAAAAGGAUUUGAAAAAGAUUUUCUGAAAUUGUUCUCAUCAUUAAUUGUGUC